GGGAUUUGUAGUCAAUAAACUACGAAAUGACGUCAGCGGAAGUGUUUGACCGUACGUGAGUUAGGUCACAUUGGUGCAGUUUUGUAAUGUUUUGAGAACCCUGCAAAGAUGGAGUCAACAAAUACCGAAAUCCCUCUGAGGCACGUGGAGAAAGAUGUCCUGAUCCCCAAACUGAUGAGGGAGAAAGCCAAGGAGCGCUGUGCUGACAGAGUGGAAGCCUUCAACAGCUGCUGCAAAGAGUCCGGCUUCUUAAUGGUGUUUAAGUGUCAGGAGCAAAACUCAGCGCUGAAGGACUGCCUGACACAGCACUAUCAGGAUCCAAAUUUUUUUGAAGAAUGCAAGCGACUGUACAUUCAAGAGAAACAGGAAUUUGAGAGGACUGGAAUCCCUGCCAAGAACAGAACCCAGAAACUUCCAACCAGCAUGUAAUAUGUACAACAACCAGAUGUCUAUCAUUGUGGUUCCAGACCUAAACUCUGUAUAAUAAAGAGACAGUCUGGCCAAGUUGAUUCUUUAUACACUUACAAGACUGUUAUGUGAAAGUCUUUGAGCUAUUUAGCAAUUAUUUGGUUUUCAAGAGCAGCUAAUGUUCAAGUGAUGCUACUUCCUGACCCGUCCACGUCUGAAAGGGAAGAAGGGGUUCCAUGGAGAAGUCAUCGUCACUCCUGAUGGAUUUCAGACUACAGCGCUUGGCUGGAUGCUUAACUAAUUGGAGGCAUUUGGUUUGAUUUAACUGCAUGAGCAGUAUCAAGAUCUUUGCUUUAUUGUUUUGGCCUCGUAGCUUUUAAAAAUGACCAGAAUAUUUGAAUAUAAUCAAGUGAAAAGCUUGAAACAACUCCUUUUAAUCUAUAUAAAACAAUAAAAUGUUUUCCAUAAAAAUAAUUGGUAAAAUAAUAUAUUAUGGCUGCAGAAAGUUCUUCAGAAAGAAGUGUCAGCAGGUUUGAUGGGAUUAAAAACUUAAAGAAACAAUGAUCAUAAAUCAGUCUGACCUGAGCAGAGUUUGAGUUUUCAUUACUCUGGUAAAAAAAAAAAAAAAAUUUGCUUUAGAAAAAGGUACUUGAAUGUACUAUUCUUGGUAAACUCCACAUGCUAAGGUGAGAUGAUCUCAUAUUUUAUUUAGUUUAUCAAUAUUACAAAUCCCUUUGUAAUAUUCCAAAUCUGUUAUUUAAAUAGGUGUUUCAUUCUCUGGAACUUGGAAUGUGGGUUCAGCUGAUUAUCUGACAUUACUUUAAAAUCAAGUAUAAGAAUUGUUUUGAUUGUUGUGAUA